CAGAUAGCUGCCUCCACUGGAUAUGAACGCAUAUUUAAGCUCAAAACUACCACAUCUUUACGGAAGCUAUUCUAUGUCUAUGCCGAGACUAUCGGAAAGGAAGUAGAUGAAUUAAAAUUUAUAUAUGAAGGACAAUGUCUGAACCCCCACAACAUGCCAAAUACGUAUGAGAUGGAGAAUGGAGGUACGCUCGACACCGUA